AUGGACCGACAAAAGAAACGGGUCGUACUCCGAGCGGUGAAUUCGAUGAGCUCACUAUCCACGAACGUCGAACAAAAGGGAGUACAAGGGAUGCGAGCAGUGAACUCGUUAUGCUCGAUAUCAUCCGAGCUGGACGACAGCGACCUACUGGCUCUGCUUCUUGACAGACCAAGAGUGAAACUCGAACGGAAUAAUUCAUACGACGAGAAGUCUUUCAAUGACUUAAGCCUCUACGACAGUGCACACUCACUGGACGGUAGGUCUGGUUGGGAAACUCCGGUUUUCUCCAUGAACCCUCACCCAAUGGUCACAGAAGCUUGGGAGGCUCUACGCCGGUCUCAAGUCUACUUCCGAGGACAACCUGUAGGAACCAUCGCCGCCUACGACCAUGCUUCUGAGGAGGUCUUGAACUAUGAUCAGGUAUUCGUACGGGAUUUUGUACCGAGUGCUCUUGCAUUCUUGAUGAAUGGAGAACCGGAGAUUGUGAAGAACUUUCUUCUCAAGACGCUUCAUAUCCAGGGACAAGACAAAAGGAUCGAUAGGUUCAAGCUCGGGGACGGUGCAAUGCCAGCGAGCUUUAAAGUUCUCCAUAACCCUAUCAAGAAGACGGAUACGAUCAUUGCUGACUUUGGAGAGAGCGCUAUUGGGAGGGUGGCUCCAGUUGAUUCAGGCUUCUGGUGGAUCAUUCUCCUUAGAGCUUACACAAAGUCCACAGGAGACCAUUCUUUAGCUGAGAGACCCGAGUGCCAAAAGGGAAUGAAGCUUAUACUCUCUUUGUGUCUCUCUGAGGGUUUUGAUACUUUUCCUACUUUGCUUUGUGCGGAUGGUUGCUCCAUGAUCGACAGGAGAAUGGGUGUUUAUGGAUACCCCAUCGAGAUCCAAGCUCUCUUUUUCAUGGCUCUUCGAUCCGCACUCUCAAUGCUAAAACAAGACACUGAAGGAAAAGAGUUCAUGGACAAGAUAGUGAAGCGGCUUCACGCGAUGAGCUUCCACAUGCGAAGCUACUUUUGGCUCGAUUUUCAGCAGCUAAAUGACAUUUACCGUUACAAGACGGAGGAAUACUCACACACGGCCGUUAACAAGUUCAACGUCAUCCCCGACUCCAUCCCGGACUGGCUCUUAGACUUCAUGCCUCUACGAGGUGGCUACUUCGUUGGAAACGUCAGUCCUGCCCACAUGGAUUUCAGGUGGUUUGCGUUGGGGAAUUGUAUCGCUGUCCUUGCCUCCUUGGCCACGCAAGAGCAGUCCAUGGCAAUCAUGGACUUGAUCGAGGCUCGGUGGGAGGAACUGGUCGGAGAGAUGCCGUUGAAGAUAUGUUAUCCGGCAAUGGAGAGUCACGAAUGGCGGAUCGUUACUGGUAGCGACCCUAAGAACAUAAGGUGGAGUUACCACAACGGAGGCUCUUGGCCAGUGCUUCUAUGGUUACUAACGGCGGCCAGCAUAAAGACCGGACGGCCACAAAUAGCACGACGGGCAAUAGACUUGGCAGAGGCACGGCUGUUGAAGGACGGAUGGCCGGAGUACUACGACGGAAAGUCAGGAAGGUUCAUCGGAAAACAGGCCAGGAAAUUUCAGACAUGGUCAAUCGCUGGCUAUUUGGUGGCCAAGAUGAUGAUGGAUGAUCCAACGCAUGUGGGAAUGAUCUCAAUGGAAGAAGAGAAACAUAUGAAACCUGUUCUUAAUAGAUCAUCUUCUUGGACUUGAAUUAUAUAUUUCCGUUUGUGCAUGUACCUUUGAUAUUUACAAUUUACAACAACAAUAUUACAAAAACAUUCGUAA